AUGUCUGCUCCUACGUUCGCUGGAAUGAACGGCAACCUGUUGAUGCGGGCUGUGACUGCCUGCUCAACUAUGGGUUUUUUGCUGUUCGGCUAUGACCAGGGCGUUAUGAGUAGCAUCAUUGAUGCCGCACCUUUCAAUGAUGUUUUCACAGCCACCAAAGAUAAUUCUACAAUGCAAGGAACAGUCACUGCCAUCUAUGAAAUUGGCUGCCUUUUAGGCGCGGUGUUCAUACUCGGAGCUGGUGAUUGGCUAGGUCGACGAAUGUCUAUUCUGCUCGGCGCUUCUAUCAUGAUUCUUGGUGUCAUCAUCCAGGUGACUUCUUUCUCUGGCCAUGUUCCUCUGGCCCAAUUUAUUAUUGGGCGAGUUAUCACUGGUGUAGGAAAUGGGAUGAAUACAUCUACCAUUCCUACUUACCAGGCAGAGUGCUCCCGAACUUCUAACCGUGGCCUUCUCAUAUGUAUCGAAGGUGCCACUAUUGCCUUCGGCACCCUUAUCGCCUAUUGGAUCGACUUCGGUUCUUCGUAUGGUUCGCCUGACUUAACCUGGCGCUUUCCCAUAGCUUUCCAGAUUGUCUUCGGCCUCCUUAUCAUUGUGGGAAUCAUUGUCCUACCUGAGUCUCCCAGAUGGCUCUUUACCCGAGAGCGGUACGAGGAGGGCGAAACAGUCAUUGCCGCGCUUAUGGGCAAGGAAAUCUCCCAUCAUGAUGUGCAACUCCAGAAGACUAUCAUUCUUGACUCCAUUAGAGCUUCAGGCCAGGCUGGAAAGAGCACGCCAUUGUCUGCUGUGUUCACUGGCGGCAAGACGCAGCAUUUUCGGCGGAUGCUUCUAGGCUCGUCAUCCCAGUUUUUCCAACAAAUUGGUGGUUGUAAUGCGGUGAUUUAUUACUUGCCGGUCUUGUUUAAGACCUCUCUUGGGCAGACUCAAUUCAUGUCUAUGAUCCUAGGCGGUGUCAACAUGAUUGUUUAUUCAAUCUUUGCUACUUUGUCUUGGUUUCUGAUUGAGAGGGUUGGACGGCGCAAGCUCUUCUGGUGGGGUACCAUUGGUCAAUGUACGUCGAUGGUUAUCACAUUUGCUUGCUUGAUUCCGAAUAAACCAUCAGCUGCCAAGGGUGCUGCCGUUGGUCUAUUCACCUAUAUUGCAAGCUUCGGUGCAACCUGGUUGCCCUUACCCUGGCUAUACCCAGCGGAGAUUUCACCAAUUAAGACCCGCGCUAAGGCUAACGCUAUCUCAACCUGUACAAAUUGGUUGUUUAACUUCCUUAUUGUUAUGGUGACCCCUAUUAUGAUAGCGAAUAUCUCUUGGGGAACAUACCUUUUCUUUGCUUGCGUUAACGCCUGUUUCCUGCCUGUUAUCUAUUUCUUCUAUCCGGAAACUGCUGGGCGCUCCCUGGAGGAAAUUGACCUCAUCUUUGCGAAAGGUUACCUGGAGAACAUGAGCUAUGUACGUGCUGCCAAGGAGCUGCCACAUCUUUCUGAUGAGGAUGUGGAACGUGUUGCCACUCAGUACGGCUUUGGCGCGGCGGAUGCUGAGCCCAAGGGUGGCGACAGCGAUAGUUCCGAAUUUAAGGCAGAGAACCAUCCUGAGAAGCCUACCUUUAAUCAAUCAGCCUAA